CUAUAAAUACAUACCCUUUGUUCCCACAAAUUGCUUUAAAAGUUUAUUGCAUUCCAUUGCACUUUGUACCAUCAUUGAAAUGGGUGACAUUGAGAAACAACCACAAAAUUCAAAUAUAGCAUUACCAAUAGAUCAUCAUCAUAAUCUUCCACAAACCAAAAACCAAUCCAAUUUCAACUCUCAAAUCAACAAAAAAUCUUCACUAUCCAUCAUCCUAACACAAAUCCAUGCAGGCUAUUUUAGAAUCACUCUAUCUCUCUCAAGUCAAGCUUUAUUAUGGAAGAUCCUACUUGAACCAAUCAAAGAUGCACAUUUUUUAAGACGUGUAUUUACAAUGAUACCCUCAACAGCUUUCACUCUCUUAUGGUCACUAUCCUUAUUCACACUCCUCACACUUUCUUUUCUCUAUCUCCUAAAAUGUUUAUUUCACUUUGAUAAAGUCAAAGAUGAAUUCUUUAACAAAAUUGGUGUAAACUACAUGUUUGCUCCAUGGAUUUCAUGGCUAAUUUUGCUUGAAUCUUCACCAAUUGUUCCACCUUCAACAAUUCAUUACAAAAUACUUUGGUUGUUUUUUGUUGUUCCUAUAGUUAUGCUUGAUGUUAAAAUUUAUGGUCAAUGGUUUACAAAGGGUAAAAGGUUUUUGUCAAUGGUUGCGAACCCGACAAGUCAAAUGCCUGUCAUUGGUAAUUUGGUCGCCGCAGAAGCGGCGGCCAAAAUGGGUUGGAAGGAAAGUUCAAUAUUUUUGUUUUCACUUGGUAUUGCACAUUAUUUGGUGCUUUUUGUGACACUUUAUCAAAGAUUGCCAGGGAAUAAUAAUUUCCCUUCAAUGCUUCGUCCUGUUUUCUUUUGUUCUUUGCAACUCCUAGUAUAGCUAGCUUGGCUUGGCAUUCUAUUUGUGGAUAAUAUGG